GGCAAAAGCAUUAUAUUGUUUCUAAUCAAGUCUAGCUGUAGGAUAUUAUAUAUUUUUGAAGCCGGGACUAGAAUAGCUUAAAGUAUACGCGUAAUUUGUCGACUUACUACCUCAGCGCACUUGGUCACACUGAUCCCACAUCAAAAGAUAGAAGAAGACCAGACAAGUGUUAACAAGACCUUCACAUUCCAUUUACCAGCAGCCACCCACUUGCAAGAUGGUUUGCGUGCCCUGUUUCAUCAUCCCACUGCUGCUGUACAUCUGGCACAAGUUCGUGCAGCCAAUUCUGCUGCGCUACUGGAAUCCGUGGGAGAAAAAGGAUGCACAGGGCAAUGUGAUCAAGGCCGGGCCGGAAUUCCCCUUCGAAUGCAAGGGAGGCGUCUGCCCAUUUGUGCCCGGUGGCAACAAGGAGAAGAACCCACCAGCUGCUGAGGGCUCCACCUCUGCCGCCAAGGAACUGACUGCAACGGAAUCCGUCUCUGCCGACGGCCCUGACGCUUCCGGCACACCAAAAAAUACGCCAAUUACAGCGGGGACAAGUGCCGAGUCCAAGAAACUUAACUAAAUUACUGUAGAUUUUGGAUAGUUUUUUUUUCUCAUUUUUUGUUUU